CCGAGGUUUUUUUUUUCUUCAAGAGUCUCUCACAGACUUCUAUGCAAGUCUUUGAUUAAACCCGACGAUGUUGCUAUUUAACUUGAGUGUACGAUCUGUUUAUUUGUCAAAUUGAUAUAAAUCAAAACUCUCAGGUGCUGCACAUGCAUUACAUCCAUUCACAAAGAAAUCGCUGUUGGUUGGGUAACAAAGUGCGACAAUGAAAAUCCCGAUGGUGAGUCCAAUCAUGGAUAAUCUCGGCAAGGAAGACUGCGCCCUGCCUUUGUGUAACGCUUCGGCACCACAAGCCCACUGACGGUUUCAUUCUUAAACAUUGAAUCGGUAUUUUCUCAGGGACACUCCAUUCUCCAUGCCUCCCAGAUUGCUCCAAUCUUUCAUCUCAUCCCGAGUUCAUAUUUCGCAAUGGAUGUAUCAUAGCAGCCGGUUCAAUCUCUGCCACAGAUGUCAUCGAUCGCAGUUACUGCAUCCAAAUGCGCGGAUUACCACUCCUACUCGUUUAUUCCAUACUGUACCGCCGCGCCAGAUUCCUAUCAUUCCUAUUCCGGCCAUCAUUCUUAGUGUGCUCAAGACAGGAAAACUGAUUAGUUUUGUCUCGUUAUCGUCAAAAACCUCGCUGACAUUGUUGCCCCAUACAUUGUUGAGAAAUCGCGGACGUCGAUUUGCUAAGCUUUUGGCUGGCAUCCCGUUAAUCGGUUUUACUCUAUUGGUCGUUGUCGGCUUGGAUCAAGCACCAAAUACCGCGCGCCUGAGACUUAUCUACCUCAGCGAGGAAGAAGAAAAAGAAAUUGCUCAACGAGAAACCGACGAAUUAUUGCAAGCAAGUUCUGGCUUGGUGGCAGAUCGAGAUAAUGCCUAUGUUCAAUGGUUACAAACAAUUGUCGAUAACCUGGCCUUAGUGGCUGUCGAUGAUGUUCGCGAUGCCGUUCGAAAAUACGGCGACGAUGAAGAUGCUGCUGCUCUGCGGAGGAAGUUUGAAGUCAAUAUCAUUUGCGAUUCAAGCACACUGAAUGCUAUGUGUGCUGGUAACCAGAUCCUGGUAUAUGAUCUCAUGAUUCACUAUAUGGACUAUGAUACAACUCGAAUGGCAGUCAUUUUAUCUCACGAGAUAGCACACUCACUUCAACGUCAUUUUGUGGAAACGCACGGCUUUGCAUCGCUUAUGUUGAUGCUGGGUGACAUUACCCGUGGUGUGUUUUGGAUAGUGACAGAGUCGCUGGGCCCCUACGUAAAUCAGAAAAUUAAUGACGCAAUCUCGACCUUUGUUACAAUGGAAACGCAAACAACCUACAAUCGCCGUUUAGAGAAAGAGGCUGAUUUAGUUGGGUUGAAGCUGCUAGCAAAAGCAGGCUACGAUCCGACCGUCGCUAUCGAUGUAUGGUCACGCAUGGCCAAGAUCGACGAACUCUCUGUAACGGCUAACAAGGACGAAGGCGAUGGUGACAUUUCAGCGGAAAGUAAAGCGAAGGAUAUAAAUGAAUUCGGAGGCAAUCUGAACCUGAAUGAACUUUUGGAGAAUUUGCUGAAUUCAUGGUUUGGUUCUACACAUCCACCGAGUCAAGAGCGUGUGGACUACAUGCGUGAACAUAUGGACGAAGCUUUGGAGAUUUAUCGCGAAACUUUACGUCUGAACGGACCGCCUGCAGGAUUCGAUAACAAUCCAUAUGAGAAGGAAACAUCGGCUCUCUCGUCAGAAACUGCGAAUAACACUACCAUUCAUGUCAUCUUAUCCUACGUGAAAUCUUGCUGGACCUGGUUAUCGCCUAGUGAAAAAUCGGUGCAAGUUUGAUACAAAUCAAUAAACACGACACAUAUACCUGGCCAUACAGAAUCAUAAAUAGCCUAAGCAUGAUCGGCUGACACAUUUACGAAGAUAUAAAGUUUUCCUGGAUGGGG